UCCCUGAUCACCACUUUGAAGGCACUCCACCCACAGUUUUCACCUAAAAGCUCACUCCUUUACUCUCUCUAGGGUUUAUUAUAUAUAUAUCUUCGUCGGUAAUAUCGCCGGAAAUGAUUUUUCCGGCCAUCGGUUUUGUUAUGGAGUGUUAUUGUGAUGACGUCAUGUCGUGUAGCCGUCGCAAAAUCGGCGAUUUUUAGCCGUCUCGUGUUUGUUGAACCUUAAGCAAAAGUUACAGACUUUUUAGCUUAGGAGAGUUUCCAAGUUAUUCCAUGCUUUGUCGAGUAAACCGCUAGAAGACUAUUUUCUACUCUAAAUACUGAUUUUCUACUAGAUAAAAAGAGUGUGAACUUGAAAUCGUAGUAUCAGAAUUGUAGUUAUGCCUUUUCCGAUGAAGAUUCAACCUGUUGAUUUCAAUACCGUGGAAGAACCGAGUCGAUAUGACUCGUUUAAGCCGGUUCAAAAGUCACGGUUCAAGCGGCUAUUCGAGAGGCAAUUUUCAGGACUUUUGAGAUCAUCGGCGCCGCUGGAGAAGCUGGUGGCCGGCGAAGAGUUGAUUUGUAAUAAGAAGGAUGUUGCGUCCGACGAGUUCGAGCCGAGCUCCGUUUGUUUGGCUAAAAUGGUACAGACUUUCAUUGAAGAAGGUGAGGCCGAUAAACAUCGGUGCAAUCGGAACCGAAAAUGCAAUUGCUUUAACUGUAAUGGUACUGACAGCUCAGAGGAGGAAACUGAUUCACUCAGUUGCUUCGGUGAAUCGAAUCAUACUUGUUGCAACGAUGCUUGUGAAAUCCUCAAGAGUUUGGUGCCGUGUCCUUCCGUUAUUGAAAGGAACGUUUUAGCUGAUAUUACAAAGAUCAUUGAGAAAAACAAGAUGGGAAAGCGAAAGGACAAUUUCAUCCGAAAGAUAGUUGUUGAUGGCCUCUUAGCUGCGGGAUAUGAUGCUUCAAUCUGCGAGUCUCGCUGGGACAAAACUCCUUCCACUCCUGCCGGAACGUACGAGUAUGUUGAUGUGGUGAUUGAAGGAGAAAGACUACUAAUUGACAUUGAUUUCAGAUCAGAGUUUGAAAUAGCAAGGUCGACCAGGUCCUACAAAUUUCUCCUCCAAUUGCUGCCCAACACUUUUGUAGGCAAAGCGGAUCGCCUUCAGAAGAUUGUUCAUUUGCUAACAGAGGCUGCAAAGCAGAGCUUGAAGAAGAAAGGAAUGCCUUUUCCUCCAUGGCGUAAAGCUGAAUACGUGAAAGCCAAAUGGCUGUCACCUUACACCCGUAUCAAACCAACUCUAAUGGGGGCACCAACCGUGUCAAACUCUGCUCCCGAAACUGGCACUGCUUGCAAAACCUAUCAACAAGCGGUAAAGGAGGAGUCUUCAGAGGAUUCUUGCGGGGAGCUGAAUCUGAUUUUUGGAGAGAGCAGCCAACUCUUGGAGAAUAACGCCAAGAGCGUGAUUACCUAUCCUCUAUCUGCUUGUGAUGACGAAGAAAAGGAUGUGAUGGUGCAGCAAGGCAAACCACCUGACACUAAACACAAGGAUUCAAGCAAUGGUGCCAGGAAGAUAACUGGUUUAACUUCUCUGAUUGAAGACCACACAUGAAAUUUUGACCUGUCCUAACCUUUUUGUCGUUUGUUGCUUCUCUGUGUCGAGUUGAAAACCCCGUGUGUUUUAGUAAUUGGGGCCAUUUGAAUCUACGGACCAACUGCCUACUGGUUUGUCUCGGCAGUCCCCCUUCAAGUUUUAUAGUAAGGGUCUAUGAGUCCAUGCCACUAAUACAACUUUAUAGUCGAUAGAUUAGUAAAGGAGCACUGAUAAGUGUCUUGUUUGUCAGUUUGGUUCUUGGAUAUUUUCCAAGUGUUUUGCAAAUACAUGUUAGCUUGUAGUAUUACUAAUAUCAUGAAAAUAAAGUCUUGGAACUAUUUUGGUAUGA